AUGGCUGCCUUCAGGGUUAAAAACAUCUCGUGUUGUUUUUCAUCCUUACGACAAAGUUUUUUGCAGAAUAAUAGGAUCGAUCUAAAUGAUUUACCACGAUUAGUGUUAAUUCUUUCAAGAUGCAAUCUUUCCAUUGCAGCACGUAAAGUAAAAUCAAGUGAGGAUGCAGUCGAAAGUCAUCCCAAAAAGACCAAACUUCCAAUCCUUAGUGACUUUGAGAACAGAAAUCCUCGAAAUCCUGAGUAUUUCGGUUAUAACAAACCCAGAGGAUAUGCUACUCAAAAAUACAGGAAAGAUUACUAUAACAAGUAAGUUACCUGUGGUACUGUCAUCAUUUUAAUGUAAAUUUCCGCGCUCCUUAAAGCACAGGCCACCCAAGGUUGGGACGAUAUAGGUGCGAGAUAGCGGUCAUGCAUGGCGUAAAAAAAAAGAUUUUGUAUGGGGAUAUUUACAAUAAGCUUUAGACCAGUCCACUAGUGAAAACCGAGGGAGCUAAAAACUCACAAAAAUCGCAAGAUGGCAAGUAAUACACAAUGUAUACCAUGGAAGUAAUGUUUUCUAAAACAAAUCAUUAAUAUCCGCUAUAGAAAAUAUAAUUUGUGUCAAUUAGAAUUGACAUAAAUUAUUAUUUUGCCAGCACAGAACGGAGAACGGGUUCUAGCUUAGUGUGCGGUUAGGGGGUUUGAUAUAGUGACCGUUUAGUUAUGCGUGUCACUCUAUGGUCGGCCUCGCCACGUCAACUUGCUUUGUUUAGUUUAAUUUUCACUUAUUCUGUUAGCCUUAAUUUCGUUACCAUCCGUACUGGUCCCUAUGUUUCUUAGCUAUUUUAUAUAGCAUCUUGUUUUCUGCUCAUCUGCUCAUCUCCAAAGGCGACGCCAUAGCAUAGGUUGGGGUUACAUGGUCCCUAUUUUUCCAAUAGUUGGUUUUUUCGGGUUUACGUGUCGGGCUGUGGCAUGUUCUUAGAAUUACUGUAACAGUGGAGUUUACACUCUGCUAUGUUGGAGGUAUCUGAUAAAGUUCAGAUUUUGAGUAUUGUUGAUUCUCGAUUCCACAGGUGUUUGAUCAUAAAACCCAGCCCUGUCAAACUUGCCGGCUGCAAUCAUGUUAUAAUGUCAUAAUAAUAAUUAAUUAUUAUUAUUAUGACAUAAUUCUCCAAUCUGAUUGGCUAUUCGUGACCCUGAUUUCAGCAUUAAUAGGACAGUGUAAAAGGACAGUGUGACAUACCUAAAUAAUUGGACAGUUGUUGGACUUGAUUCUAUUGUUUCAUUGAUAUAGAUUGAAAUUCAUUAUCUCAAAUCGACACUCAAGAGCGGAGGUGUUGCACAACAGUGGAGUGGUCCUUGUCUCAGCAUCCACUGCAGAGUUUGAAAUCACAAGACACCUUUACAAAACCACAGACAUCAGUGCUGCUAAGAACCUUGGUAGGGUGUUGGCUCAAAGAUGUCAGGAGGCAGGAAUUACAAGAGUUUAUUGGGAACCUCAGUAUGGUGACAGAAAUAAACUACGGGUAAUGUUUAUGGUGAUGUCAUAUUGUGGAGUUGUCACCAGUUUCCCAGUGAUUUUGUUACAAAUAGUUAUGGUGAGUCCUGGGACUCAUCUUGUGAAAACUCAUGAGUCCCUGUCCAUAACCAAUAAAAUCCCAGUUAAAAAAAUCAAGGAGUCCUAAACUGAAAAUGUUUGGGCCUUUAUGUAACCAGACAGUUAAUAUUGAAAAUGUAAAGUACAAAAAAGACUAAAAGAAAUAUGCAUCUUUAAACAACAGCCACAGAAAUCACUCGAACAGGAUAUUCUACCAAAAAGUCUUCAAAUCGAGUGAUCCUCCUUUGUGUCCUACGCGAUGUGUGCCAUGAAUUAUUUGGUGUCUUUGGGAAUUUUUAUGUGUCAGGGACGCAGGACGUAGAGGUAACAAAAUCAUUGGUUUCCAUAAUGCAGCCGAUACCUGACCUCCAUUCGCCCCUUUAGGAAUGAGAAGGAAACUGCAAUGUGGGCCAAAUGAUCUUUUGCAAAGACUUCUGAGAUCAUUACUGGGGAUGCGCAGGUCCGCCGCUGGCCAAUAUUUUUCUCUGUCCUUAGUAACAGUCCCAGAAGUCUUUGCAAAAGUUAACUCGGCCCAUUUUCCCUUGGUACUGUUAAGGAGAAUUUGUUAACCCUUUAAGUCCCAAUGGUGACCAACAUCAAUUUUCUCCUAACGAUAUCCAUACAAUGUCAAGAGAUUAAGUUAUGAGAAUUAAUAAAAUGAUCACCUAAGAGAAAAUGCAUUGAUCUUUUAUCAAAUUCUCUCAACUCAUUCAUCAAGGAAAUGUAUGGAGAUCAGUUUAUAGAAUUUGUAUGUGGAUAUUGGGGCUUAAAGGGUUAAACAAUCUUGACCUUUUACACUGGUUGAUCGUUUCCAUUUUUCUCAUGUCCUUUACAGUGUAAGUUUGAUUGAGCAGUGUUGCUAUUACAACCCUUCAAGUUGCAACCAUUUUGGUCGCCAUGGCGCCUAAAAUUUUGGAGCUAGCAACUUGAUUUGUAAAAAAGUCUCCCUAAAGCAAAAGAGUUGGUUGCCAAUUGGCGACUGAGCAAAAACUAUAACUUGGAGGGUUAAUAAAUAAGGAGAAAUUAAAUGUUGGUUGCUCUUAGAUGUUAAAGGGUUAAUGUAACUGACUACAACAAAAUCCUUCUUACAGGUGAAGGCAUUUUCUAGUGCUCUUGCAAAAGGAGGUUUUGUCAAGCUGAAUGAACAUAGGAGAGUUAUACAUCCACAAACAUUUUAUUGUGGUGAGUAUGCAUAAACUUUCGUGAUGUGCAUUUUAAUGUGGUUAAUUUUAUUUAGUUAAAGCUUAGUUAUUAGAUUUAAAUGCAUUUUUUCCUGUUUUCAACUGUUUCUUUGUGAGUUCUGGGCCUCUUUUUGAAUCAAUGCUCUCAUGUUUCUGCUGAAAUUACCUCCCUAAAUACAUUAUAUAGAACUUCUAAUGGUCUCAACUGUUCCUAUUUUAAAUGAGUUUGACUAUAUGUCAUCAAAUAUGUGACCAGUAAAUUAUCAAUAUAUUUAUUAACUAAAUGAGCUCUAAGUCAAGCUUGAUAUGGGGGGACUUUACCAUUUACAUGGGAAAUCCAGAAAUUCAUUUUGGGAAAACAAACGGUUCAGGCCAUUCCGUUUGGGGAGCUUCAGAAAACAUGGGGUAUGAUUUGAGGGAUGUGAUUUUUCCAUUUUUUAAAAUCUGUUUAGCUGAUUUGGAUAUAUAUAUAUAUACAUUGAAGCAGUUUGUUCUCCCACCACAUCAAAUUUUUCAGGUUUAUGUUUAUGCACAAGAUUUCCACCAGGGUGGUUUGUGUAUUACUAAAUGGUAAGCAACACGGCGUCGGUCCUUCUUUAUGGGUGGUGGGGGUACAUACCCCCUAGCCUGGUUGCACUUUUUUGGCUUCAAACUUUAAAUUGAGAUGAUUCCCACAAUAAGGUGUAAUAUUUUUUAAUGCACAGAAGUUUAACAUUAUCAGCAGUUGAAUUAGAUAUCCAGAAUGGGAUUCUUUAUUUAAAUUUGUGACUUAAAAUGGGUUAUCAUUUUGAAAACAAAAUCCCUGUAACCAUUGUAAUAAGUAGAGCUAUCAGUUGGUUUUACCAAGGGAGCAACUUCUCUGAUAUUUCUUGCUGUUCUUUAAAUUUAUUAUUUUUUUGUAGAUUAUACACCCAAGAAUAGAAGAAGAAAGUGGAUAAGGCUACCUUCUUCUAAGAGAAAAAAGGAACACAUCACAAGAACAAAAUAA